UUCACGAACAUGAACGACCGGGUUCUGUCGAUAAUCCGGCAGCUGAACUUGAACAUUUAUCACCCAACAGACCAGGCCAAUCCAUUUCUCUAGGGAUGCACUGGUAAUGUCUUACACAGGUCUCUUGUAGGUUAGAUCAAAAAGAUUCUCUACUGUACAAACAGUUUAUCGCAGUGUCUGAACUCAGUUCCUAAAUUUAAAUUCAGGGCGGAACGUCUUCGCCAAAUCUAGCUGCAACGCAGACCGCAGUUUUCAGAACGAUUGCUGUCCCUAUUCUGUAGAUGCAACAUUUAAAAAAAGAAAAUAAAUUUGUAUCGUGGAAUGCCCUUGUCGGGAGUUUUGGAAAACCUAACGCGCAGGCACAAGACCAGGAACGAAAAUUACGACAGGAACGGAUAGAACUAUAUCUGUCAGGGUUUCGGGGGAGUUGGACCCAGGCGCAGAGUGAAACACAAUAUCAUUGAUGUCCUGUCCCUGUCUCUGUCUCUAUCUACUGAACACAGUUCUGAGUGACCUAAAAGUGACCAGGUCUGCAUUUUGCAGAAUGACUCAGCAGGAGCAGGAAACCUUUAUGCAGUGUUUGGAGUGUGCCCUCUCCUGGAUUCAGGCUGUGCAGGAGAGACUGAGGGCCAUUGACAACACAGAGGGGCCCAGAGCAGCUCUACAGACCCGGCUCAGAGAGACAGAGGUGAUUCGCAAUUCAGAGCAUGAGGGAUGGUUGAAGGUGGACAUGGCACUGGUUGCUGCGGAGGUUCUGCUUCAGACCAGUGAUGAGGAGAUAAAGAGCCAAACACAGGCCAGAGUGAAAGAAAUCAAAGCAUUAUGGGAGGAGACAUCUGUUUACAUCACACACUGCCAUAGCCGGAUUGAGUGGUUGUGGCUGCACUGGGCAGAGUACCUGAGGGCUCAGGAGGAGUUUGAGAGGUGGCUAUUGAGAAUGCAGCAGGCCUUAGAUCCCUAUGUGGAGCUGCAGUUGGGGGUCCAGGAGAAGGUGUGGCACCUGGAGCAUUACCGCGUAUUGUUGGACGAUGCCCGUGCCCAGGGGGCCUCACUGGAGCGGCUGCUGGAGGAAGCCUCUGAUCUGCACAGCCGCACCAAGGACCCCAGCGUGGGCCCCAAGGCCCAGGAGAGCCUACGGGAGGCCUAUACCCAAAUCAGAGAUAAGACAGAGGAAAGAGUGUCAUUGCUGCAGAAGAUUGCAGAGGAUCAUCGUGUAUUUGAUGCUUCCAUUCACCAGUUCUGGGCGUGGCUUGAUUCUGUGUCUGUUGAACUGACCUGCUACUGUGACAGACAGGACAUGCCUGAAAGCACACUUCAUCCAUUACAAGCAAAGGACACACCUGAAAAUACACUCAGUUCUCUGCAGGAGCUUUGUGAGACUGUGGACAGAGAAGAGGCAACCCUGCAGCACCUUGAGGGGACAGCGGAGUCCGUGAAAGCCAACACCUCUCCACAGGGGGCAGAUAGGGUUGCCUGGGAGGCAGGACGGCUGAGACAGGCCUGGGAGGGGCUGAGACAGCGGCUUCGUCUGGAGGAGGAGAGAAAGCGUGCCGUCCAGUGUGCACGGGUGGAGCACUCAUCCCUCUGCGAGGAGCUGCAGGCUGAUGUUUCCUGCCUCCUUCUGCGCCUUCAUCACCUAGACCAGGAAUUGGAACCAGAGGGCAGAGAGAGGGCAGAAGAGGAGAAUGAAGUCCUGUGGAGAAAGUACAAGGACAUCCACAUGGCUGUGGCAGCAGAGGAGCCACAUGUGGAGCAGCUUAAAGGCAAGCUUACUGAGCUAUUCCAUAUAUCUCAGGACCCCAUGCCCCUCUCUGACCAGGUGCUGGCUGUGUUGAAGCAGUACCAGGGGUUGAAAGGUCAUGCAUUCACGCUGUUGACACAGAGGGAAACUGCUCUGAGGCAGCUUCUAUUGGACCCACUGCAAGGCUUCAGUAAGUGGAGUCUGCUGGUCACCCAGAUUCUAGAGGCAUCUGGUGAUGUGACUGACUUCUCCCACAUUACCCUACUGGUGCAGAGCAUUAAGAAGCUGUUAAAAGACAGCCAGCAGCUGCAGGAGCGUUUGGAGGAACUGCAGGUGAAGGGAUAUCUCCUGACUGACAUGUUCGGCCCACAGAGUGCAGAGAGCCUUGGGGCAGAGAUAAGCAUCGCAGUGCAGGAGAGGGAAACAAAGCAUGGCCAGCUGCUUCAGAAGAGGACCUAUCUACUGGAUUUACUUUCACGAUCAAAGGAUUUUGGGGAAAGAUACGAGUCUGUCCUGAAAUGGCUGCGCCUCCUAAGAGAACAUUUUAUCAGCACAGAUGAACUUAAACCUGAUGUCCCAGCCAAAAAGGCAUUGACUGGACAAUUCAUGGUAAUUCUGAAGGAUCUAGAGGAGCAUGAGGCUCACCUCACUGCUCUCCAGGCUGUGGUUCCACAAAGCCCUGCCGACCAGCACAAACUGAGCCAUCUUUGCACAGAGUGGAAGGAGCUCCAUAAGGCUAUUAAGGGGAGAGUUCAGGACAGUGAACAUAGCACCGCAGAUCACCAGUACUUUCAGGAGAAGCUGCUGGCUCUGGAGCAUGGGCUGCUGGAGACAAAGUCAAGACUGGAGACGUUCUGCAGCUUGAAGGGAAAGCUUGGUGUAGACAACUGGCAGGCUGAGGCUGAGAGAGUGCUGGGGGAACUCCCUGAGAGGGAAAUGGAACUACACAGAGUGGAGGCUUUGAGUCAGGGAGUGCUCAUCAGGACAUCUGUUGAAGGGAAGGGGAAAAUCUUGGAAGACCUGCAGCGUCUGAAUGACUCUUGGGCUUCUCUGCACACACUUAGUAUGGACCUCCACAGGUUUCUGUAUGGUGAUGGAGUGACAAGCAAUGCCUCUUGUAUAACAGGAAAUGAGGGGGACAGAGUAGGACAGAUUAAAACAAGCAUGGACUUGUGGGUAGGGGAUGGAGAGGAUGUUUUCAGAAAGAGUAGAUCAGAACAGGGUUCUGAGGGUAUGGGUUUAGAGCAGUUUUUAAAAGUUAAAGAGCAGUUAGAGGUUGGGGAUGAGGGGGGAGUUUCUGCUGGAGGUAAAGGUAAAGGUUUGGGGUGGGAUAUCAGAGCUGAAAGGGAGCUGCAUAUUAAGGGUGAAGAGGCACAUGUGGGACAGAGUGCCAGGGGUGAAGGAAGGUUUGGUGCUGAAGAUGAUAAUUUGGGUCUUAGGAAAAGUUUCAGAGAUAAGUUAGGAUUCAGUGCUGGAGAUGAUGCUAAAGCAUUGGGGGGUGGAGAUGAGGCUAUGAGUCUGGGGAAGGGUGUCAGAGGUGACAGGGUGUUGGGGACUGGAGAUGGGGGUAUGGAUGUAGAGGACAGUGUCAGAGCUGACGGGAUGUUUGGGGCUGAAGCUGAGGGCAUGGAUUUGGGGAAGGGUGUCAGAGCUGAGGUUAUGGAUUUGGGGAAAGGUGUUAGAGCUGCCAGGGUGUUAGGGAGUGGAGAUGAGGGUAUGAAUAUGGGGAAGGGUGUUAGAGCUGACAGAGAUUUGGGGACAGAAGAUGGCAGAAUGAAUAUGGAGAAGGCUGUCAAAGCAGAGAAUAUAGAUUUCGGAAAGGGUGUCAGAGCUGUCACAGUGUUGGGGACUGGAGAUGAGGAUAUGGAUACCGAGAAGGGUGUUAUAGCUGAUAGGCUGUUUGUGACUGGAGAUGAGGGUACAGCUUUGGGGAAGAGUCUUAAAGCUGACAGAGUGUUGGGGACUGGACAUAAGGCUAUAGGUUUGGAAACAGAUGUCAGACAUGUUGGGGGCUUAGGGGCCAGUAAUGAGGGCAUGAAUUUGGGAGAGGAUGUGAGGGCCCAAAGUGAUUUAUUUUCUAAGGGAGAGGGAACACAUGUGGAGCAGGGUGUCUGGGGUCAGUUGGAGUGUUUGUCUGGAGGUGAGUGUGUGAGUUUGGAACAGAGUAUCAAUUCUAAGAGUGGGUUUGGUGCUGAAGUUGGCUGUAUCGGAUUUGGGGACGGUGUCAGGGCUGAAUCUGCGUCAGCAGCUGGAAUUGGCAAUGUGGGUUUGCAGGAGGUUAUAAAAGCUGAGGCAGUUUUGGGGGAUGGAGAUGAGGGGGAACUAGGCGCCAGAAUGGAGUGCAUGGGUUUGGGGUGGGGUUUGAGCACUGAGGAUGGGUUAUGUGCUGGACAUGAGGGGGCACAUGUGAGGCAGAGUAUCAGGUGUGAAGGAAGGGUUGGUGCUUGGAACAAAGGUGUAAACUUGGGGAAGGGUGCCUGGAAUUUAGGGAGGCUUGAUGCUGUAGAUGAUGGUAAAUGUUCAGGUCAGGGUGUAAAACCUGAGGUGAUUAUGGAGGAUUUGUGUGGUAGAAGUGUUAGUAAGAGUUUGGAGCUCAGAUCUGCUGCCAGGUUUGGUGCUGAAGAUGAAGGUAGUGGUUUUGAGAAGGGUGUCAGGACUGAAAGGAUGCUAGGGUUUGGAGAUGAGGGGGUACUACCUGGAAGCAGUGAGGGUAUGGGUUUGGGGAAGGGUGUCAGGACUGAAGGGGUGCUAGGAUUUGGAGAUGAGGGGGUAGUAGGUGCUAGCAGUGAGGAUAUGAGUUUGGGGAAGGAUGUCAGGGCUGAGGUGGGAUUAGGGUCUGGAGAUGAGGUGAGAGUUGGCGCUGAAGAUGAGGGUAUGGUGUGGGAUUUCAGGGCCGGGGAAAGGUUUGAUUGUGGACCUGUUGGGGCACAUGUAGGACAGAGCGUCAGAGCUGAAAGGGUCUCAGGAGCAGGCUGUGAGGGUGUGGGUUUAAGUAAGAGUAUCCAGGCUGAAGAGUUAUGUGUCAGAGGUGGUGAGCAUUUGACUUCAGAGCAGGCUGUCAGAGCUGAAGCUAGCAUUGGUUCAGCAGGACUCAGUGCAGGAAGACACAAUAAACCUGGCAGUGGACUGGACCGGGGAAAGAGGCUUGGUUGGAGUCUGGAUCUGGGUCUGAACACUGUAGAGGUCCAUGCAGAACAGGCUUUGAGGCAGCAAGAUGCCAGUGUCAGUCAGGUCAAUGCUGGGGUUCAGAUAGUGGAUUUGAGAAGUAUAUAUAGUGAGAGUCCCUUCAGAAACCACAGGGAGGGUACUGAACAGCAGAGUGGAGGGACUCGAAUAAUCUACUGGGGACAUUCUGGGAAGGAGCGUGGGAAAGCUGCAGAGUCACUUCUCCAGGAAUCUUCUGGAACCUGUUUAUACCAAUCGAGUCUUCAUACACUGGAAGAGUUUGAGGCCUGGCUUCAGGCACAGGAUGCUAAACUCAGCAGGAUUGUGAGCCAGAAGGGGAAGUUAACAGCCAAAGAACUAAGGCUCAGAGAGAAGGAACUCAGGGAGCUGAGGUCUGGCGUGGGCUGGGGUCAGAGCUUCCUGCUGGGGCUGCUGACCUCCCAGGGUGGGGUAGGGGCAGAGGACCCAUGCUUAGAGGAACUUAGGUACCGCUGGGUGCUUUACAAGUCUAAACUGCAGGAUACAGGGGACCUGAAGACUCACCUGGGGGACCAGGAUGGUACUGUUCUACAAAAAGAACCAUUAAGAAAUGGAAAGAAGAGCUCUGGGCUCCUGCAGCGUGCGUGUUGUGUUGCCCUGCCCCUACAGCUCCUGCUGCUGUCUCUGCUGCUCCUAGCAUUCUUCCUUCCCCUGACAGAUGAGGGCACUAGCUGCUCUCUCGUCAACAACUUUGCCCGCUCCUUCAGACUCAUGCUGCGCUACAAGGGCCCCCCACCCACGUGAGAGAACUUUGUGCAGAGACAAUACCCUUAAAGGUCACUGUUGUGAAAUCUGAAAUCUCAGAUCAGCCUGAUAAAUUUCUGUAGCUUGGCCAUGAACAUAUUCAGAUGAUUGCAUUGAUCUUGUUUUUAAAGGAUUUAUGAGAUUAAGUAGAGGGGAUAAUCAAAAUAACCUCAAAAAAACAUUCUCACAUUUAAUAAUCUCUGCUACAUACAACCUCAGAAAGAAUAAUGACACUUAUUCUUUAACUAGUUUUGAACAGUAACUUUGCACUAUACUCACAUAUUAGAAAUAUUUUGAAUAUAUAUUAUCAUAACGACAUGCCAACUGAAAAUUUUAUUUUAUACCAUGAUGUUACCAUCACAUACUGUCUUAGGGGUGAACUUGUAAUAUGUAAAAGGUUUUAAUUACGAAUUAUGAAUAUACCCUUCUGAUUAAAAAUAUACAUUUGUGAUGCUUGUGUGCAUGUUUGUGGAAACAGAACUGUCUAGCAACUGUCUAUUUUGACAUAUUCCAUGCCUGCUUGAUUGAAUAUACAUUUUGGAUACUGGUUUGUCUGGAUUGGACACUGAUUGCAAAUUUGAAUUUAUUUUUAAACAUUUUUUUAAGUCACAAAAUUUUGGAAGCACCAAGUGGGAAAUGCAUUAGGUUAUUGUUAAAACUUUCAACUUUUACCUUUUUCUCACAUUAUUUUCAAGUCUCAGGACUACAUAAUUGUAGUGUCAGAAUGAGCAUUACUCCAUUAGAAUUUUCAAAAAUGGAAAUAAAAAACUGUUUUAAGUA